UCGCACCGCAGUGUGGUUCACUGUCUGCAUUCUUUCUCGUAGGUUCGCAACUUUUCCAUGGACUGCAGUAUUUUUUUUAACUUGUUUCUGAAUUCAGUUGCUUAUUUAAAACAUUACGUACUAAGCAAACGGUGAACAUUGCAGCGAAACAUUUCCAGCGCAAAAAUUGAAAUGAAAGAUGGACGAUGCUGAUAUUGGAGCUUGUUUGUCAUUAUCUGAUCUCCCGGAGCAUUCUCAGUACCUCGCCUCAUCAGAAAAGGAUCAGAUCAAAUCGAAUGCUAUUGUGCGCUUUCUGAAUGUUCAAAGUACUGCUCCAUUUGCCAGAUUGAAAUGCAACACCGAUCUGAAUAUGCCACCCUCAAACUGGCUGAGCAAUUCGGCCAAUUCGUACGGAUUAGGUCAGUCCGUUUCGCACCAGCGCGGGUUCAGCAGUUUUCGCAUGGCAAACAUGUUUCCCGAUUGUGUUGGUGGUGUGGAUGUCGUAUCGGAUGCAGAAAACAUUAAACGUCUGCUAAAAUUACCAUAUUCAAGGAAAAGUGUAAUUUCGAUGAUCGUUCAUCGUAUCGAAAAUACUCUAUUGAUUGAUGAGUUCGAUGUGGCCCGUUAUUUGCUUCGCCAGGAGGAGAAUGAGUGGGAUUGGUUGCGAUCGUUUAUCUACGAAAACAUUUUAAAUAGUUUGAGUGAUAGCGAAAAGAAGCUGUUCAUUCAUACGAAAUCAAGGGAAGCCCUUGCUCAGAAGUAUCUCAACUCGAAAUUUUUAUACUAUAGUUUAAAGUCCGAUGAAGACGUCGGAGAAGGAGUCACAGAGUUAUCGGAAGAGGAUGGUGAUACCUGUCGGAAAUUCAAACCACUGCCACUUGCUGGGCCGAUCCUUCCGGAACCUGACGAGGAGGAGAAUUUUCCAGAUCCACGUCAAACAAGUCAUGUGUUUAACCGAAAUGUUGUGUGGACUUUUGAGGAUAUUCGGAUGUUGAUUGGUACGGAUAUGCCCAUAUUUGGAGGAGCCAAUAGACCCUGCAUAAGUUUACGAUUAAGAGAUCAAUCAAAACCUAUCAAUGUGUUGACUGGGAUUGACUAUUGGCUGGACAAUUUGAUGUGUAACGUUCCGGAAGUGGUAAUGUGCUACCAUUUGGAUGGUAUUGUUCAAAGGUAUGAACUGAUUAAAACAGAAGAUCUACCACACUUGGAAAAUUCGAAGUUUUCGCCGAAAGUCAUCAGAAACGUUGCUCAGAAUAUUUUGGUGUUCUUGAAAGCGAAUGCCACUAAAGCUGGUCACACUUACUGGUUGUUCAAAGCGAAAAACGAUGACGUCGUCAAGUUAUACGAUCUAACAACUCUGUGCCAAAAGCACAGCGACUGCCAACCACAAAACGAGGAAGAAUCUGAAGACGAAUUAGAGAAAAAUCAGAAUCCUUUUACCAUUCCGGUGGCCAUGCUGCUGUACACCGUGGCUCGAAAUAUGAAAAAUUCUCGUGAUGGAAUAUCUGCCACCAAGGCGGGGGCCAUCAAAAUGCUGCUGGAUAACUGCAUCAAAUUAUUGCCAAAGGAAAAAUACCCACAGAUUGUUACAUCCUCGCACUACAUUUUGUCGGAUUUGUAUAUCCCAGCAGAAACAGAUCCGGGAUCACCAAAGUUCAACACUACAUUUGAUGAUGAUGAUGAAGACGACGACGAAGUUGACGAAUUUCAAUCGCUUUUUGGUGAAAAUGGGCCGUCCAGUGAUUCGCCGCAGUCGGAUGAGUAUAUGAAUGACCAGAAUAAUGGAAAUCGAUUAGAAGCAGCUAUAAAAAGUAUCGAGUCGACACUACAGGAGUAUAAUGGAAAUUAUGGCUGGCGAUAUAAUUCCAGACCACCACCACUGGUUGGAAAUAUCGAAGAACGCUGUAAAAUAGCUUUGCAGCAUAUUGCCGAUGGGCUGAGUUGCUUGCAGUAUUUUGACAGCAGCGAAGAACAGAAAAAUAGAGAGAAGGAAAAAGCAGAAGAAAAACGAAAGAUUUAUCACGAAGAGACACAUCCAAAUAUGGCAAAAUCGGAUGAUCCGAUUGCUCUACCGUACAGCCCGUUGCACCCAGAACCAGCGAUGGCUAAGCCGAACGAACCCAUUCCGAUGGGUUGGAGGGCAGAUUCCGAGCGUUCCCAACCCAGUGACUCGUCUAAGAAAUUGUCUAAGAAAAAAUCAAAAAGAAAAAUUGACAAAAAGCGAGUUACUGCAGAUGCAACCACAUCGGAGAUCGAUGCCCGAUCGCUUCUACUGAAGGGCGAGAUAGGUGUCAUAAAAUCUUGGAACGUUCACUUAAAAAUUUUGCUGUUUGAAAAAGCAUGCCUCACUUACGCAACACUUGCUGAGCGAUAUUAUGCUCUGGAGGAGUUUGGAACCUCUCUUCGGUACAUCUAUUCAUCUGUUCGCUGCCAGCAGGUCGUUACGAAGUACAUUUCCUGCGUUUCUUCACAGCGUGCUCUACUGCUUGGUAGAAUAGGCGAUUGCUUCUUUCAGUUCGCCAAGAAAUGGGAUAAUAUUCAACAGUACUUAAAGGAAUUCGAACAGGAGAAUCGUGUAGAUCAGCUGAUAAUGGACGAAUUGGUCAAAGAUAUCGGCAGUGAAGUAGAGCAAUCGCUACCUCUACCGAUGGACAACAUCGAACAGUUGAUGAUUACCAGCUGUGGUUGCUACGAAGCUGCGAUUGCAUGUGCAUCCAGGGAUGCGAAAGAGGAACUUAAUCGAAGACUAGGUAGUGUGCGGAAUGAAUUGGGUGUCAAAUAUAUGCACUGGGCUCAAGAGGAGUAUCAAAAGUUUUGGAAACUUUCCCCAGAGGAGCGAGAGAUGUUCGAGAAAGCUGCCAAAGAAAAGGAUAGUGCGAGUGAGCCGCUCUACCAAGUACUCGCAAAGAAGUCUUACGAUUCUCUGCAUAAAGGAGUCGCACUGUUUGAAGCUGUAAAAGAUCCUACAAAUUUGGCGUUCUUGUUGUGCAACAUGGGAAGGUUUAUGCGCUUUCGCGCGCACAUUCAUCUCGUUGGAGAAAGUCCAAACAACGUACAGCUUCAGAAAAAAUUCUACAAUGAAGCAUUUACACACUAUCAGCGAGCAUUGGGGGUUUUAGGCUCAAAAAAGGAAAAUCCCGACCUGUGGUCUUUGGUAACUUGGGAACUGUCUACGGCCACAUUCAACUUAGCUAAGCAAUUGCAAGAUUACAGCGACGUUGAGCACGAUGGUACGCAGAGUGUGGAUGAAGUAGAACAAGAGGUAGUCGAGAUGCUUCAAAAAGCACUGAAACUAUGCGAUCAGGAACUAAACGGGCCGAGACAGGUGUUGUACUCUUUCCGGGCUGCGUUAAUUCAUCAUAGAAUUGCCUCCUAUUACCACUUUUCGUUUCGUUCCGCUAACGACGAACACCGCCGUAAAACUAUCCUGCAGUUGUGCAAGCUGCACUACGAGAAGGCAGUCAAAAUUUUCGAAAGCCUCAGUGAACCCCAGGAAUACCUGCAGAUCCAAAUGGAGCGAAUUGCGCUGCAAGAGUAUCAAUGUGAACUAGCUCAAACAAUUCCGGUCAAGUUCAGAAUUUUGCAGCAAGCGCUCGAUCUUUGCAAGCAAAGUCAAACGAUGAUCGAGUACCUUUGUAAUGCAAAAUCCCUUGUCAGCGUAGCGAAUAGCAACUUUAACUGUGAAGAAAUUCAGAAACUUCUCGAACUCUUCGAGAAACGUCUCCAGGUAAUACUGAAAACACUGGCUAAGCUUUGCUUGUUAUCUACGGGUACUAAAAGAGGCUACUCGGAUCAAAUGGCAACACAGUACAAGGCCAUGUUUGGAUUGACACUGCAAAAAAGAACAGCCAGCACUGCGGAGGAUGUGUCUCAUUGCGGCACACCCGGCAACGUGAUUAAGGAACAUGCCUUAUAUCUAGUAAAUCUGCUGCAAAAAAUUUGUGAUUUAGAUAAGACUAGUGGUUAAGUUGGAUUACGAUUUCAUCGACUUAAAGACUAAGCGAAGCUUGUAAACAUAAAAUGAAUUCAAGAAUAAAUAUCGUUUUUAACCUA